AUGACGUCAAAAUCUGAAGUUGACGCGCCUGAUAUUUUUCAUUGCAUUCGCAUUCCUUUAAUUUUUCGCGCUGCUUUGUGGAUUCUUGGUGAAUAUUGCGAAACAAAAGAAUCUAUUAAUCGUACCAUGAAAUUAAUAAAAGAUUCUAUUGGAGAAUUGCCAAUUGUUGAAAAUGAAUUGCAGUCGCUCGAAAGGGAAGAGGAAAUGAUAGAAAAAAACAUUAAUGAAAAGCCUAAAACUAGACAGUUGGUUACUGCGGAUGGAACUUACGCAACUCAGUCAGCUUUGCUCAAUCAGAAUAUCACGAAAACAAAGAUGGAAGAAAAGCCAACUUUACGUCGUUUUUUGCUGGAUGGAAAUUUUUUUAUUGCUUCUUCAUUAGCCACAACUCUUAUAAAAUUGGUUUUUAAACAGAGCAAAUUACUCGGUGAUAAAUCAGAAAAAGUGAAUGCAUUUGCGAGCGAAGCUUUAUUUAUGCUCUCAUCAAUAAUUCAUCUUGGUAAAAGUGGUAUUGCAAAAGCAAAUAUUACAGAAGAUGAUCUUAUUCGUCUAGGAACUGCUGUGAAAAUACUUUGCGAAAAAUGGCCUGAAGCCGAAGAUAUCUUUUUGCACAAAUGUCGCGAAAGCCUAGAAUUGAUGUUGGAAUUCAAGGGCGAAAGCGAAAAGCAUAAUAACGAUACAACAUUAAGAAAACCUAUUGUGGAGGUGGAUAGAACAAUAUUAUUCACCCAGUUAGCUCCUCGAAUUGGUGAUGCUAUUACCGGCACAGAGAACUUGUUCGAUCUAUCUUUGUCUCAAGCGCUUGGAACAGUGGCUAAAACUACUAAGUUCGAUUUUGCCUCUUCUAAGCUCGGGAAGGUUAAACAGCUAGCUGGUUUUUCGGAUCCUGUUUAUGCUGAAGCUUACGUGAAUGUUAAUCAAUACGAUAUAGUACUGGAUGUCCUAAUUGUUAAUCAGACUGGUGAUACGCUCCAAAAUGUUUCUCUGGAACUUUCGACGGUUGGUGACCUAAAACUUGUAGAUAAACCUACUCCAAUAACGCUUGCUCCUCAUGAUUUUGCCAACAUUAAGGCAACUGUCAAAGUUACGUCAACUGAAAAUGGGGUUAUUUUCUCAACUAUUGCUUAUGAUGUUCGCGGUUCGACGUCCGAUCGUAAUUGUGUUUAUCUUCAAGAUAUUCACAUCGAUAUUAUGGAUUAUAUAGUUCCAGGAAAUUGUACCGAUGCUGAAUUUCGAAAAAUGUGGUCUGAAUUUGAAUGGGAGAAUAAAGUUAACGUCAAUACGCAGAUAACUAACUUGCGAGAAUUUCUUUCUCAUUUGUCGUGUGUUGCUAAUAUGAAACUUCUCACUACAGAUGCUGCUUUGCAAGGUGAUUGUGGCUUCCUAGCUGCAAAUUUAUGUGCCCAUUCAAUUUUUGGCGAGGAUGCCUUGGCGAAUAUAUCUAUCGAGAAAGUAAAUAUGGUAGACCCGUCUAGUUCUAUCAUUGGUCAUAUAAGAAUUCGCGCGAAAAGCCAAGGAAUGGCUCUUUCACUUGGUGAUAAGUUGAACAAUGCACAAAAAGAGAAAAGGGUUUCGCUUCCGAAGAAGGAUUUGGGAAAAGAAUUGUUAACUUAA